AUGGCUGAGAUAUUUUUGCGGCAAACAUCGUCCUCCCUGCACGCCGAGUCCGUGCCGCACAACUUGCCCGCAGCAAAAAGUUUGGAAGACAGGCCAGACGCAGCUUGGUGGUGUUCUAAAGACCGGCCGCAAGCGAGGCGAAACCUGCACGGGAUAACUACGUGUAAGCAGCGCCUCACUGCAAUAAAAUACAAGUACCGCACUGAGCCGGCCGAUAACCGCCCCACAGACAUCAACCCACAGACAACCCUAACCACCCACGACCCACGCGUUUCCUGUGGUACCGUCGUGAAAUCACGCUUCGUCCAGCACCCGCCCGUGUUACGCCGACCCCGGCGAGGUCUCAACACUCGCCCCACUCCCCACCCUUGUCACCCGCACUACCCAGGCUCAGGUCCUCUCAACCGCACGUGCGCACAGGCCAUGAUCUCGACGCCUCUUUCAUCGCUAUCAUCCGACAGAAGCGACAAACCAAGUGGUCACAAUGCACAUCUCGUGGACACAUCGGCUGCGGUAGUCGCUGUCCCCGGCCCUAGACAACCCGCAGCAGCACCCCAGAAAGACUCCGACAAAUGGAUGUCACUCCGGCCAGUUUCGAGGACCCCAAGUCUUAAAGCGGGCAUCUACGGUCCUUUCGGCUCCGCUUCGGCCGCCAGCUCCACCGUUGCGAGUCCGAUCAUUGCUGCCAUGGGCGAUCUCACUCCUUUCCCAUCGCCUCUUUUGGCAGGCGACUCGCCAGGCCCGUGGAAACAGUUGGGUCGGAGGAUGUCGCGCGAGGCUGCCAUGUCCCCACCAGCUUCGGGCCCACUCGACACGAACGAUCAAAACCAUGUCUCGGGGUAUGCGAAGAAAGGCUACGCAGGUCUCACGUCCGGCCCUGCGCCUGCCGAUGGCGCCAACCCACAUCAGAACGGCAGACUCGCGCAGCCCCCGUUACACCACACCAGGAAUCGGAGCGUCAGCGAGUAUAUCCCGGACCCCAUGUUGAUACCUAAGCGCAUGUCGACUGUGUCUGGGACCCGUGUCAACCAGGACUUGAAGAGCGCCGGUGAGGGGCACUUGCGGCGAGAACCCCAUCUUUCCGAAGCAAGGGGUCUAACCCCCAUCGAGAAGCCCCCGACACCACCCCCGAGCGAGUCAUCACUAAGCACGACAGACCUGGCCCUGCCCGCCGCCUCGGGCAACUAG